CCCAGCAGCAGAGCAGCCCCGCGCUAGCCCCGGCUUCGGUGCAGCCCGCAGCCCGGUGCGACCGUCCCGCAGAGCGGCCGCGCUGGAGACCCGCCCCGGCGGAGCUCAGCGCGGCUUUGUCUGGGACGCCCACACCCCAGAGGCAGCUCCCGGGGCCGGCGAAUGGGAGCGCGGCGGCGCGGGGCCAAGCCGGGCUGAGAUAAGCGGCCAUGUGACCCUACCUGGCGCGGGGGAGGGGCCGCAGGUGAGCGGCGCAGCGCGGAGCUCGGCACGCGGCGGCCGCGGGGCUCGGCAGCAUGUCGGUCAGCAGAAAGGACUGGUCCGCGCUGUCCAGCCUGGCCCGGCAGCGGACUUUGGAGGAUGAGGAGGAACAGGAGCGUGAACGCAGGCGGAGGCACCGCACCCUGAGUUCAACCACAGAUGACGAAUCUCCAAAACUCACCCAGAAUGGAGCUCGGAGAUCCUCGGAGAGGCUGCCCAGUGUGGAGGAAGCCGAGGUCCCCAAGCCAUCGCCUCCAGCCUCCAAAGAUGAGGAAGAGGACUUCCUGGCCAUCCUUAGAACUCGGAGGGAACGGAGACAGAGGCGUCAGGUGGUAGAGGCUGUCCAGGCUCCAGUGCAGGAGAGGCUAGAGGUGGAGGGGGAAAGGAACAGUGUAGGUCCUGAGCAGAUCUUGUCGCAGCCCCUUGUGCCUAAGAAGAAAGUGGAGCCCCUGCCUCGCCGGAGACUGAGUCAGGAGCAGCGAGGUCCUUGGGCCCAGGAAGAAGAGAGCGGAAAGGGCAGAGGGCUUGCGGGAGGGGGAAAGGGGCUUCCAGGGGAAGCAGUAGUCCAGCAGAAGACCUUGAUCUCUGGGAAAUCGCCUGUGCCAGAGAAGACUUCUGUGCCUGCGAAGAGGCUGGCUUCGGAGAAAGCCUGCCCCUCAGAGAAGGGGGCAGCCACAGAGAAAGCAUCCCCGACUGAGAAGAAACGCAGCCCAGAGAAGUUGGUUCCAGAAAGAACCAGUGUGUCAGAGAAGUCGCCCGUCCCCGAGAAGACACUCGUGUCUCUGAAGACAGCAGCUCCAGAGAAAAGAUCCACUCCGGUUCUAGAAAAAGCCGUUGUCUUUGAGAAGAUGCAAGAGAGGCGGCUGGUGUCAGAGAAAGCGUCCAUCUUCGAGAAGUCACUAGUCUCAGAGACAAAGCUGACUCCAAAGAAGGCGACCGUCUCUGAGCAGCCUCAGGCCCCUGGCGGAAGCCAGGUCACCACAAGGGAGCCCAGAGGGAGGGCUGUCCCUGGGAAGAGCCCACUGUCCUCUGUAGAGCAGGGCACUUCAGAUGCUCCAACUAAGGCGUCCAGCUUCCCACCCAUCACACUCCAGGUAAAAAUUCCCAGCAAGGAUGAAGAGGCAGACACAUCCUCACCUACCCGGCUCACCUACAGCAGUUCUCUCAAACGCUCCAGCCCCAGGACCAUCUCCUUUCGGAUGAGCCCCAGGAAAGACAACCCGGAAACAACCUUAACCCGCAGUGCCAGUGUGAGGCUGCCAGCUAGCACGGUGAAGCUAGAAGAGAAACUGGAGAGAUACCACACAGCCAUACAGAGAUCCGAAUCCGUCAGGUCUCCAGGCUCCUCCCGCACUGAGGUCCUUGUGACUCCUGCUGGUGUAGCCAGCAAGCGCCACCUCUUUGAGAAGGAGCUGGCAGGCCAGAACCGCACAGAACCAACCAUCCGAAAGGAGAAUCUGCGACUGUCAGGGGUUGUGACAUCAAGACUUAACCUGUGGAUCAGCAAGACCCAGGAUUUUGGAGACCAGGAGGUACAGAAAGAGACAUCAGUCACCAGGAGGGCUCAAUGGGGAAACAAGUCGACCGUGUCCCUGGAUGCGGAGGUGUGACAAGCCCUGCCAGGACAGACCUGCAAACCUGUACCCCAAGGGCCCUUCUUCGUGCCAGCCCCUGCCCUGAAGCACUCCCGACUCUUGCUGCCCCCAUUCCCUUUCUGCUUCUCAGCCAGUUUGGUCAGGGCCCCUGGGGGCCAGGAACAUGAGUGACACUCCUGCAGCCCCUCCCCAGCCCUGUCUGGGGGACAGAUGUGCUCUGGUGCAUUCUUGUCCUGCUGUAGCCACGAUAUAUCCUGAACCCAGAAGGACCCGGAGCACAGCCCUGGCACAUCAGCCACACAGUCACCGUGUGCUGUCUGGAGACUGUCCCUUCCUCCUGCUCACUGCCAGCUUCAGGCGGGGUUAUUUUGCCAACUCCAGAGUUAUCUGUCUUGUCUGCUCCCAACAGGUACUCUGUGUGCCUGUGGUGUCCCCAUACUAAGUCCUAGACCUAGUCACUGCUCCCUGAGGCUCUUUAAAGCCAGACUGGAAAGGAGUCACCAGGCAUUGCCCAUGCGCUGCAUCUCCCUGCUUUAACCCCCCCCCCGCCUGCCCCGCCCCUCUCCGGAGCUCAGUGCCUUUUUGUAUUACCACUAAUCUUACUCUCAGAAGUCUUUUCUCAGGAAGGAUGUGAUAAACUCAUUCAUUCUCAGGUGUAAGUGGCUGGUAAUGCUGAUGGGUUUGUCCCUACAGGCUUUGCUUCCCUUUGGAAUCAGCUGCAGGGAGACGGAGGUCACUGGCUUUGGUGGCAGGAGGAACAGACCUUGUUCCCAUCUUCUUUCAUCUUAAGGUGGUGGCCUUGUCAUCAGCUUGGUGAUUUAAUAAACAGAACUGGGGGCUGGAGAGAUGGCUCAGCAGUUCAGAGCCCUGGCUGCUCUUCCAGGGGACCUGGGUUCCGGUCCCAGCAUCUACAUAUUUGAAACUCCAGUUUGUGGGCGCUGCAUGCACACGGUGCAUGGUUAUACAUGCAAGCAAGGCACACACAAAAUAAAAACAUUUAAGAGUA